AUGAACGGCAAGAAGCGCAAGCGCUGCGUGGAGAGCAACGAGAUUGUGCGUGGGCCGAAAAUGUGCUUCCGAGAGAAGCAGCAAGCCAGAAUUUUGAGUGGCCUCCGCUUCCUCAAGGUUAUUGCAACGCUAGUGCUCAUGGCUCUCGAUUUGCCCUGCUUCGAUGCAGAUUGCUCGCUGGAUCAUUUCGAAGUCUUCGCCGGUGUCAUGUCGGUUACAAAUGCAGAGACGAAGGAUUCGUUUGGAUGGGUCGAGCUGGUCGUUCUGCCGUUGCCUAUGAUGUUCGACAUGACCCGUCGGGCCA